AUGCGUUCGCCUACAGACGAAGAGUUUGCGGGCUUCCGGUCCAAAGAAGAGCCUACUGGUCUCGCUGCCGAGCCACUCAACAUCAUCAUUCUGGGAGCAUCAUUUGGUGGCCUGUCUUGCGCUCACCACUUUCUCGACACAACGCUCGAACAGCUCAGCAAGACCAAAGAUGCAGGCUUGACGUACCGCCUGAUUCUAGUUGGCCCUUCAACUCAUAUCUACUGGAAUAUUGGUGCCCCACGCGCCAUUGUCAAGUCUGGACUGGUCAAAUCAGAGGAUCAAUUCCUCCCGAUCGAACCAGGCUUUCAUAAGGAUCGCGCCAAGAACUUUACCAUCAUCCAAGGCAAAUGCGUCUCCAUGGACGCUACAUCUCGAACAGUCUCUAUCGAAUGGGGCAAAAUGGCCGACCUCCCCAAAAUCCAAACUCUCCCCUACCACGCCUUAAUCAUGUGCACCGGCACCUCAGCCCGCUCCGAACUCCUCUCCCUCCACGGCCAAUACCUCGAAACCGAAGCGGCCCUCAACAGAAUCCACCAACAGAUCCACCACGCCAAAUCCAUCGUCGUCUGCGGCGGAGGCUGUUCCGGCGUCGAAGUCGCCGGCCAACUGGCAACCUACCUAAACUACAAACGCCAUUUCCCCUUCCGCCAAAAAUCCUCCAACCCAAAAAAGAUCACCCUCCUCUCCGGCGGCACCACUCUCCUCAAAGAAGUCUCCGCCCUAGGAAAACCCGAAAUCUGCAAGAAAGCCGAGAAACAGCUCAAAAGUUUGGGUGUCGUCGUCAGACACAACAUCCGCGUGACAAGUCAUGAAUCCUGGUUCGAUCAAACGGGAGCCACACGUAUCACGUUUGAAGACGGGACCACGCAUAUCACAGAUGUAUACAUCGAUUGCACCGGCGUAGAACCGAAUUCAGAUUUCGCUCCAGAAGCGAUCAAAUCUCGCAACGGAUACAUCCUCACCAACAACAAAACUUUACGUGUCGACGUCGCUGGGGAACGGGUGUAUGCUUUGGGUGACGUGGCGAGUUAUUCGAAAAAUUACGUUCUGGACGUCUACCACGGCGUUCCCGUCGUGAUGCAGAAUCUUCUGAACGAUUUGCUUCUGCAUCGAUGGAAGACUGCGAAUCCGGAUUCUGAUCAUCGAGAGAAGUUUGAGGCUUUGGAGCAGAAGGAGUUUGAUGCGGAUUUGCCGAAGAACAGUCAGAUUUGUCCGAUCACGAAGUUUGGAGGGGCGGGGAUUUUGGGAGGGUUGAAGUUGCCGAGUUUUGCGGUUUGGGGGUUGAAGGGGAGGAAUUAUGUUGUGCAUAAGGCGAAGAUGGUGGUGGUUGAUGGGGGGAAUCCUUAUGCUAGUCCGGUUCAGGGGGACAAGUAUUAUUCUGGGAGUAAAGGAUAG